AUGCCCGGCAUUGCAGGACCCUCGGGCGGGCCUAACGUGACCAUUCCUCAGUCAACGUCGCGGAGAAGACCUCCGCCCACCGGUGACGAGGAGGCUACUGCGCGACUGAAGCUAGGAGACUGCGAAAAUGAGCAGGCUCUMUCGCCUGCCGAAGUCAUGCUCAUGCUCGAGCAGUUGGAGCUCGCCGACAACAAGCACGACCCAACCAAUGACAUCUACUACAAAACCAAAGAAUACUGCAAGCACUUUGCGCGUUUCAAGGAACCCAACAGCAUCACACUGGUCAACGGCAUCAGCGUCGAGCUCACGUCACGCGGGCUGGGCAUCGUCGAGUUCGAGCGGGCGCAGUUGGCAACAUUGUGCURCGACACGGCGGAAGAGGCACGUACGUUGAUCCCUUCUCUUGAAGGCAAAAUCGGCGACGAGGAACUCCAGGCUGCGUUAGACGACAUUUCCAAGCUUCGGGACUUCACUUAG